AUGACAACAUCUGAUGGAAGAUCAAGAUGUUUUGGGUUUAUUGGAUAUCGUACAGAAAAAGAAGCUAAUGAAGCAAUAAAAUAUUUUAAUAAUACGUAUAUUUAUACUUCAAAAGUUAUUGUGGAACUGGCGAAACCUGUUGAUGAUUCAUCAUUACCAAGACCAUGGAGUGCUUAUAGUUUAGGCUCAUCUAAAUAUCAACAAAGAAAUCCAAUUGAAUCAAAUAACAAUGUUAACAACAACGAUGAUAGCAGCGAUAAGAAUAAUGGGAAAAAUAAAAAAAGUGAUGAUAAUUUAGUUAAAUUUGAAGCAAGUUUUCCUAAUAAUAUAAAAACAAAAAAUUCUGUUGACAAUGAUGAAAAAUUGAAUGAAUUUUUACAAGUCAUGCAACCACGAUCAAAAUCAAAAACUUGGACAAAUGAUGACGAAAUAACAAAUUUAGAUUUUCAAAAUAAAAUGAUUAUUGAUAAUAGUGAUGAUGAAGAUGACAAUUUAUAUCAAGAUUUACCAAGUUCAAAAAAUAAAAAAAAUGCUGCCGAUUUAGAUGAUAAAAAAGAUGACGAGCGAGAAAAUAUUGAUAAAGAUCCUUCUAUUAAUGUUAAUAAAAGAUUUGAGUUAAAGACUGAAAGUGUUCAUGGAGAAACUAAGAUUGAAAAUGAAAAUGAUAACCGGGAUGAUAAGUCAUCCGCAGAUACCAUGAAAAUUCCAUACUCUAUUGAUUUACGAAAAAAUCCCGAGUCAAAAAAUUCUGAUGAAAUGCCACCUGAAGAAUCUAUCGGCGAAACAGGACGACUUUUUGUUAGAAAUUUACCAUAUUUAGCUACGGAAGAGGAUUUGCAAAAAUUAUUUAAUAAAUAUGGACCGCUUGCUGAAGUAAGCAAUUGGUUUGCAUAUAUAUUAUAUCAUAUUCCAGAACACGCAGUCAAGGCAUUUAUAGAGCUUGAUCAUCAAUUUUUUAUGGGAAGAUUAUUACAUAUUUUACCAUCGAAAGAAAAGCCUAAAACAGGAAAUGAUUUUAAUUGGAAUACAUUAUAUAUGAAUAGUGAUGCCAUUGUACAAUCGAUUGCAAAAAGGCUUGAUAUUAAAAAAUCGGAUAUUCUUGACCCUAAUUCAGAUAAUAUGGCAGCCAAACUUGCACUUGCAGAAACUCAUAUAAUUCAAGAAACUAAAGGAUAUUUUGAACAACAAGGAGUUAAAUUGGAAUCAUUUAACAAAAAAGAAAAAAGUGAUACAAUAAUUUUAGUAAAGAAUAUGCCAUUUGGAGUUGCAAAAGAAGAAUUGCAACAAAUUUUUGGAUGGUAUGGUGAUAUUGAACGUAUAGCUGAUAUUAAAAAAUCAUACUAUAAGAAUUCGACAGAAGCAAAAACGGCAUUUCAAGAUCUAGCAUAUAAAAAAUUUAAAGGAGUUCCUCUUUACUUAGAAAAAGCACCAAAAGAUAUUUUUCAAUUAGAUUCAGCAAAUCUUGAUAACGAAACACGACCUCCGUUAUCAUCAGCAGACUUGGUGGAAUCGUCAUCUAAUAACAAUAUUGGUAGUAAUAAGAAUAAUGAAGGGGGGCAGGAAGAGGAUGAAGAUAUGGAAGUUGUCACAUCAUCAGAAAUCGCGGCAACUUUAUUUGUUAAAAAUAUUAGUUUUGAUACAACUGAAGAAAGUUUGAAAAAUACAUUUAAGAAUACACCUGGAUUAAGGUCUGUUAGGAUUAAAAUGAAAAAUGAUCCAAAAAAUCCAGGUAAAAAACUAAGUAUGGGAUUUGGAUUUAUUGAAUAUGAUGGUAUGAAAACUGCCAAAAAUGCAUUAAAAGGCUAUAUAUUAGAUGGACAUGCAUUACAAUUGAAAUUUUCCAAUCAUGGGUUAGAUUCAGUGCAAAGACAAAGAAAAGAAGAAGAAAAUGAUAAAAAAAGACAAGAAUCAACAAAGAUUGUUGUAAAGAACCUUGCAUUUGAAACAACAAAAAAAGAUUUAAGUGAAUUAUUUAGUGUGUACGGACAAAUUAAAACAAUAAGGUUGCCUAAAAAAUUCGAUGGACAAAUAAGAGGAUUUGGAUUUAUAGAAUUUUUAACAAAAAGAGAUGCGAGGAAUGUUAUUGAUAAAUUACAACAUACACAUUUGUUGGGCAGACAUUUAAUUUUACAAUAUGCAGAGAAAGAUAAAGAUUUGGAAGAAUUAAGAGAAAAAAUUAGUAAAGAAUAUAUUAAUGAUGAUGAAAAGAUGAUGUCAACGAGGAAAAGAAAGAAGGUUGACUUUGAUGAUUGGAUUGAAUAG